CCUGAGGCUUGUGUAAAUGCGCUUCCCGACCACCUCAGUCGUCUGAGAAGGUCAGACCUCCCUGUGGCGUGCUUGGGCCGCUGGCACUAAGAUGUCCCUCAGUAGUGGCACUGCAGGCGGGAAAGGUGUGGACUUGAAUGCAGUGGACACUUACGACAGCGGGGAUGAGUGGGAAAUUGGUGUAGGCAACCUGAUCAUUGACCUCGACGCUGACUUAGAGAAAGACAAGCUUGAGAUGUCGGGCACUAAAGACAGGGACGGAAUGGCUGCUGCCUCGAGUGCUGUAGCGGCAUUGCCGGGCAACAUCAAGUUUAUUAACCCAGUGCCUCCUCCGCCGAUCAAGGACAGCAAAUCCAAAGCUAAGCGUAGUAAGAAUUCCAAGGACAGUAGCAAAUCCUCAACUCCUGAUGGGGCCAAGAAGGACGCCCAGGGACGGGCCCAAAACGAGGCCACUGGGCCAACCGUGGGAAGCGGUUCCACAACUUUACCUUCCGGGAAAGGUUCAGAUAAAAGUAACAAAGCCUCUCGUAAUGUUCAGAGUGGAAAAAAGGACAAGGAGGGUUCUGGAAAAAGCAAGAAGGAGAAAAAUGAAGGGGUACAAGCUGGGAGCGUGCCCUCGGAAAAGGACCCAUCGGCCCAGGUUAUGCCUUUAGGCCAGGCACGCAAUACCCCAUUUGAGGGGACGCAAAAUUCGGACCUUGUUGGUGCUGAGCAACUAGGGAAUAUUACCCUCGAUACCACUGGAAUAGUCACACCUUUGGCUAUCAAGAGCGAACCAGAAGAAGUGGAAAAUAAUGAUUGUAGGACCAUGAAGAAAGUGAAAAGUGAAAAGAUGGAGUCUCCGGUCUCCACGCCGGCUCCGCCACCACUCCACCUCCUCGCUCCUGUCGGCAACAGCGACAUCUCCUCUCCGUGUGAGCAGAUCAUGGUCCGCACGCGCUCCGUGGCCGUCAGCACCUCUGACGUGGCUCUGGCCACCGAACCCGAGUGUCUGGGUCCCUGUGAGCCUGGCACCAGCGUCAGCCUGGAGGGCAUCGUCUGGCAGGAGACCGAGGACGGUAUGCUGGUUGUAAAUGUUACCUGGAGGAACAAGACGUAUGUGGGCACACUUUUAGACUGCACUCGACAUGACUGGGCGCCCCCACGGUUCUGUGAAUCACCCACAAGUGACCUGGAGAUGAGAAAUGGCCGUGGACGGGGUAAAAGAAUGAGGCCCAAUAGCAAUACACCAGUCAAUGAGAACAGCAACUCCUCUGAUAACAAAGGCAGCAACAACAGCAAGACUCGAGCCGCAUCCAACAGCAAAGGGCGACGGGGCAGUCAGAAUUCCUCUGAGCGGCGCACCCCACCAAAUAGCAACACUGAGGAUGUAAAAGCUAGUCCUUCAUCUGCUAACAAACGCAAGAACAAACCUGCCUCAGACAUGGAGCCCAAUUCCAGUUCAGAGGACACUAAGGGUAGCAAACGUAUGUGCACCAAUUCAAACAGCGGAAUACCUCAUACUAUUCUUCCCCUCUCCAACAUCAAAGCUGAAUCCUUGCCUCCCUCUUUGGAUCGCAGCUGCCCCUCACCGGUGCUCAUUGACUGCCCCCAUCCCAACUGCAACAAGAAGUACAAGCACAUUAACGGCCUGAAGUAUCACCAGGCUCGUGCACACAAUGAUGAUGACAUCAAGCUGGACAUAGAUGGUGAUAGUGAGUAUGGUGAGGACUCCACUUUGCACCCUGAGCCAGGCAGUUGCAAUGGUGCAUCCAUUUCUCAGAAGGGCUGUGCAUCUCCUGCACGGUCAGUAACCCCGAAAGGCAGAGGAUUUGAUGCCCAGAGCCCAUCACCAUCAUCAGGAAAGUUCAGCUCCAAGCAGCCUGGUAAAAAGAAACCAGAGGCUGAGCAUGAUUCUGGUGUGCCCAUGGAUGGUGGUGAAGAUGGCCCAUGUCUUACAGAUGAGACAAGCAAUGAUGGCAUUGAUGAUAAAAGAGGCUUGGACAAAGCUAAGAAGUCUGGCAGUGGUACCAAGGCAGACAAGCUCGCUCAGAAGGCAAUAAAGUCAGCAAGGCCCCUGGUUCCUUCUUUACCUCCACAGCAGUUGUACGCCUUACCAACCUCUGGCUUCCCUGCCCCCAAUUCUGGCUCCUCCUCCAGUAUAGGCUCUGUGGUCCAGUCCAUUAGCAAGAGUCCCCAAAUAAAAACUAUUCAAACCAAACCUGCAGUAAUGGGAGAUCCCUCAUUGAACCCAGCCUUGGGCAGCUCUAAGGACAAGAAAAAGAAAGAUAAGAAAAAGAAGGAGGGCAGUAAGGAAGGAGACAGUCCAAAAGCCCCUGGGAAAGGAGGGAAACCUGAAGGAGGCAAGAGCCCAUAUUCUGAGAGCUCAGACCAAGGCAGCAAGAGUGAGGGGCUGUUAAAUGGAUCCACAGAUCCACAUCAAAGUCGGCUAGCCAGCAUGAAAGCAGAGGCAGACAAAAUCUACAGCUUUUCGGACAAUUCUCCCAGUCCUUCUAUUGGUGUGGCCAGUCGGAUAGAAAGUGGGGGGAUGGCACAACCUCUCACUCCACUUCAUGUAGUUACCCAAAAUGGGGCAGAUAACUCUUCUGUGAAGACCAACAGCCCAGCAUACUCCGACAUCUCUGAUGCAGGGGAAGAUGGAGAGGGCAAAGUGGAAGGUGUGAAGGUCAAGUCUGAAGAUCAGGCAGGUCGGGAAGGUGCCAAGAAAUCCCUGUUCCCAUCCCAACCACCAAACAAAGACUCUUCUUAUUACCCAGGCUAUGAAACAUACUACUCGCCCAAUUAUGGCAACCCAAACCCCAGUCCAGGAGUCUCUAACACUGUCACAUCAUUGCAAGAUGGUGCAGUGAAGGUGAAAAAAGAGGAAGACCCAGAACCAGGGAAUGACAAGAGCAAAUCAGAGCCACCUGAAGAUCGAAAGCCAGACAUAGGUGCAUCCUCUCAACAGCCACAGCAGCCUUCAGUCAUUCAGCAACGUUCUAGCAUGUUCAUGCAGCCCCUCUAUUACAAUCAGUAUGCUUAUGUUCCUCCCUAUGGCUAUUCACCUGAUCAGGCCUACCAUAACCACCUGAUGAACACAAACCCAGCUUACAGGCAGCAGUGUGAGGACCGACAGCGGCAAGCAGCUGAGCAGCAUCGUGCCGCAGAGAAGAAAUCAGAGGCUGCUCAGAAGGAUAGGGAAGCAUCCAUGAAGUCAGAAGAAUGGAAGCAGAAAGCUUCGGUUCCUCCUACCUUGUCUAAAGCGCCAAGUCUCUCAGACUUGGGCAAACCGUCCCCACAGGGCAAGCUCAAAGAUCCCUCGGAGCCUGGCAAGUCAGUCAUUAUCCCCAAAGGAGAAGAUGGCAAGGGACAGACCCAUCAAAGUGAGGGGUUGAAAAUGAAGCUAAGUGAAGCUGGGCAUCAUGCGAAGGAUGAGCAGAAACCAGGCCAUGAGUCUGGGAGAUCGGCUAUGGAGCAGGCAAUGUACAUGUACAGACAGGAGCCAGACUCUCGCCUGUGGCCCUACGUUUACCCCAGCAAGUACCCCGAUGCUCAGAAACAGAUUGAUGAGGAGAGGUGGAAGGAAGAGAGAGAGCGGGAUCGUGAACGAGAAAGGGACAGAGAUCGGGGCAGAGACCGUGAGAGAGACCGGAAAGGCAAAGACGAAAGGCAGCGUUCUAAAGACACUCCCUCUAGAGAGGAAUGCAAGGAAGGGGCAGAACCACGAACUUCAUCGGCCUCAGAGGAGCAUAGAGUCAUAGGCAAAGAUCCACGAGCUCAUAUGCAGUUUUCCUCACAUCUGCCGCAGCAUCAGUCAUAUAUGUCUUACAUGCACGGAUACCCCUACGGCCAGGGUUAUGACCCCAGCCAUCCGGGAUACAGGGGGAUGCCUACUGUCAUGAUGCAGAAUUACCCCGGGUCGUACCUGUCACCAGGGUACUCUUUUUCUCCAUAUGGCAAUAGGAUGCCACCUGGAGAGGAGGGUGAAAAAGCUCAUGCCAGUCCUACAGUGAGUGGCAAGUCUGCAUCUGAGUCUAAAGCUCUUGAUAUCCUGCAUCAGCAUGCUAGCCAAUACAAGAGCAAAUCGCCAUCGGUGGGUGAAAAGACACCCCAUGAAAGAGACAGAAGUGGGAGUGAGCGGGAAAGAGAUGGUGAACGUCCGAGAUCUUCGCCCUCUCAGAGGAUCAUGCCUUCCCACCAUCACUUAGGCUAUUCACUACUCCCAGGACAGUACGACCUAUCUUAUGCUACAGGUAUCUCCUCUUCAGCCAUUGUUGCCAGUCAACAAGCCUCUGCCCCCUCACUUUACCCCCCAGCACGGAGGUGAGAAUGGGAGAAGUGACUGGCUGUUUUUCUGCAGACAUGUGACUGGUUCACAUGAGGAUGUGAUGUGGAGCUUAUGACAUCAGUUC